AUGGGCAUCAUAGUGACCCUGGGUGAUGCAUACUGCUUUUCUAAACUCAACAAGCCAGGGGAGGCCGACAAAGGCUGUAUGCUGGAUGGAAAACUAUACCCCCUUGGAGAGAUUGCGAGAACAGAAAAUUGCUUCAGAUGCAGAUGCAGCCAAGAUGCAAUGCGUUGCUGCUCCCUCUUUCAUACUCCUAUUGGUUAUGACAAAGAGAACUGUAAAGUUGUUUUCAACAAGAAAACCUGUGACUACGACAUCGUGCAGAAAAGUGACCCCUCAAAAGAGUGUCCCGUCUAUUCUCGUGUGGGCUAA